CGAUUUCGCAGACGAUGAGGAAGCUAUGGCGAGCAUGGGUUGGUAGAAACAUUUGCUCUUUCGCACCGGAGGCUUGCAUCGCUUGGAGACGAUUCACGGGACAUGUGGUCUGAGCAUGAUUACAAUAUGAUGGAAGACUCUCGGCUGGAGUUUCGGACAGAUCCACAUUGUCUGCAGUAUCCGCGACAUUGGCCGGAAGCCGUGUCACCACCCAUCCGCUAUGCCGGGAACUUAAUCUCGGCUGUUUGGGCCCUUUGGGUGGUGGAAGAUGCACGGAAGGUCGCGUGCACAUUCGAAACAAUGGUGGCAUUGUGCUGGUUGUACAGCAUGGACAAGGGUGGAGGACUGGGUCCGCCACGUGUGAACGGCGUGGGACUUUUGUGCUGCGUGAGGGUGACAUGGGGCUUAGAAUGCGUGCGUCGGAGGAUUUCCUGCUCUCGGGUCAGAUCUACAGCAGACCUCGUGGCAAACAUCUGUUGUGCAAUGCAGAGAUGCUCAGCAAGUUUCCCGCAUAGGGUCACUGGCUGAGGCAUGAGCUUGUCAGCAGCAAGUCUUUCGUGAAGGGUGGUAAUCGAGGCUUGCUUUUGGCAACCGAAGAUCUGUUCGGUGCCUGAUUGUACAUAUUCUGAUAGUACUUUCUACACUUUUCACUCGCAAAAA